AUGAAGGCAAUCAUCUUCUUGUUGGCUCUCGCCUUUGCGGGGAGUGAACAUGUCAACAGAUAUAGUCCCAGCUUCUCUGAAAACAAGUUGCACAUUUACAAAUACGAUGGCGUGAUUCUGACUGGACUACCGGAGAAAGGCUUGAACAGAGCUGGCAUUAGAAUAAGCAGCAGAGUGAAAAUCAGGGGACUAGGGACAAAUCAGUACCUUCUUCAGCUCGACAGCCCUCAGCUUCAACAGCUGAAUGGAAUUUGGCCCAAAGACCCGUUUUCCUCUCUCCGUCAGCUGACGGCCAAACUGACUCCACACCUGACCACACCUGUAAAGUUUGAGUACAACAAUGGCCGAGUGGGAAAUAUCUUCGCUCCUGAAAGCCUACCCGAAGAUCUCUUGAACAUCCACAAAGGAAUCAUGAACAUGUUGCAGAUCACAAUGAAAAAAUCCCAAAACUUCUACGAUUUGCAAGAGGCUGGGAUUGAAGGAAUCUGCCAUGCAAGAUAUGUAGUUCAAGAGGAAAGGAGAAAGGAGCGUUUGAUUAUUUCAAAAGCAAAGGACCUCACCAACUGUCAAGAGAGGAUUUUAAAACAAACUGGAACAAUUUAUACCCAACUCUGCCCUUCCUGUCAGCAGAGAGGCAAGAAUAUCCGUGCAGUUGCUGCUACCACCAUUGUCCUGAAACCUACAGCUCUGGGUGCAAUUAUUCAGGAAGCCAGGGUACGAGAGCUUCAUCAAUUUACACCAUUCCAUGAACUUGAUGGGACUGUCCAAUUGGAGGCCAGACAAAGCCUUAUCUUGGAGAAGAUCACAUCUCAACAGACGGAACAAACACCAGAAAUGUCAAAACGUGGAAGCUUACAUUAUCGCAGUGUGAACACCGUUCUCCAGCAACCAUUCCAGCUGCUUAAGGACCAGAAUCUGGUAAAACAGGUGACAAAUAUCUUGAAUCACAUGGCUCAGCACAAUGUGCAGGAAGUUCAAAUUGAUGCACCAAAUCGACUCAUGCAACUUGUCCAGUUACUACGCAUAGCUCCUUACCGCGCCUUCGGACAGGUCUGGGAAUCAAUUCGCUCACACGCUGAAGAAAGGCACUGGUUCCUCGAGGCACUUCCUGCUGUCGGAAGAAUUGAAUCUCUGAAAUUCCUAAAGAGCCAAAUUCAAGAAUCAGAGAACGUCAAAGCUGAAAUACUUCAGAUUCUCAUUCUCACUAUGCACCAAAUCAAAACUGAUCGAGAUGUUCUAAUUUUAACGAAGGAAAUCCUUCAGCUUCCACAAAUUAACCGGCACCGUCUUUCCCGCAAGCUUGUACUCCUUGCCUAUGGUUCCAUGGUUUUCAGGCAAUGUGCAGAGAAAUCAACUUGCCCCGAUGAUUUAUUGAAACCUAUCCAUGACUUACUCAUUGAUGCCAGCAAUCGACCCCUUGAUGAGGACAUUGUCCUUGGCCUCAAGGCGAUUGGCAAUGCAGGGCAGCCAGCAAGCAUCAAGAACAUCAUGAAGCUAUUACCUGGGUUCGGCACAGCAGCUACCAAUCUACCACUGAAAGUCCGAGUUGAUGCUAUCCUGGCCCUGCGCAACAUUGCAAGGAAGGACCCACGCAUUGUGCAACGUAUCGCUGUCCAGAUAUUCCAAAAUCAGAAGCAUCAUCCUGAAGAAAGAAUCAUGGCUUGUGCGGUACUCUUCGCCACCAAACCACCUUUGACUUUAGUAUCCAUUGUGGCUAAGUCACUGCUAAGCGAGACCAGUUUGCAGGUGGCAAGUUUUACCUACUCACACAUCAGAGCUCUGUCCAGAAGUUCCCUUCCAUCCAUCAAUUCACUGGCUUCUGCCUGCAAUCUAGCUUUGAAAAUAUUAAGUCCCAAACUUGAUCAACUUGGUCACCAGUUCAGCAAGGUUUACCGUGCUGACACAUUUAUGUACCAAAUGAUGGCAGGAGCAUCUGCUAAGGUUCUUAUGGUUAGGACUUCCGGCAGUGUCAUUCCUACAGCACUCUUGGCCAAAGUCAGAGGUCAUGCCCUCGGAGUCUCAUCAGAUCUAAUAGAGAUUGGCUUACGGGCAGAAGGUCUCCAGGAGAUCCUGAUGACCCGUCCUGCACCUGACCUCAGGAAAACUGACAGCAGAAAUAUUCGUCGCAUCUUAAGCAAGUUCAUAAACUGGAAAGAAUUACCAGAAGAGAAACCUCUGGCUUCAGCAUACUUGAAACUGUUCGGUCAAGAAUUAGCUUUCGUACAGCUCCGAAAGGAUGACAUUGAUGGACUUCAACAGAGUACCUCUGAUCAAGUGAACAAGUAUGUACAACAACUUAGAGGCGGGGUCAGCUUCAGACCAUCCAAAGCAUUGGUAGCUGCUGAGAUGCGACAUGUGGUACCAACAGCAAUCGGACUGCCAAUGGAACUGGGCAUCACUUUAGCUGCUGUAGCAAUGUCCAAAAUUAAUGUCAAAUCUGAAUCUGCAAUCACUAACAUUCGUCAGCUGCUCUCUUCCAGAAUUCAACUGAAUGCAAACCUCAACCCAAGUGUGUCUGUACAAACCAGAGUAUUCAUGGGAAUAAAUAUGCCUCAGAUCCAAUCAGGUGUGGAGCUCCUGGCAAAUGUCCGUUCAAUUAUUCCCGUAGCCAUUACUGCAAAGUUAAACUUAAAGGAUGGAAAUUUCAGGAUUGACAGUUCACCAGCUGAAAGGGAGAACAAGAUUCUAUCUAUGAUUUCUCAGGUUUAUGCUGUUUCAAGAAACAUUGAGAGCAAUGAGAAAAUUACUCCAAUUUUACCUGUGACACCAGUAAAUCGCAUGUCAAGACAACAGUUUAGAUCCUCAGCUUCCGUAUCUCGAUCAGCAAGCAACAGAGUUGUGUCACAUCUUUCUCCAGAAACGCUGUCUGACCAAGUCCCACGCUCUGAAGAGGAGCAGAGGUCACGUCUUCCAAAUCGUGCAUCCUAUCGCACAUGUGCAGAAGCAACCAAACUUGGCCUCAAAGCUUGUGUGGCUGCACGAAUGGAAAAUGCCCUUUCCAUCAGACAUAGCCCAUUGUACCGGUUGAUUGGAGAACACAGUUUGAAUGUAUCAAUUGCACCAGCUGAUUCAGCACCAGAUAUUGAAAAGAUAGUGUUGGAGAUACAAGCAGGAUCCAAAGCAUCUUCAAAAAUAAUUCGGCUUUCCGACAAACAGUCACUACCAAGAAGUGUUCCCGACAGUAAUCAACAGCUAACACUAAUGCAACAGAGAGAUCAGAAAAGAGGAAACAACACUACUUGGACUUCAAGUUCCAGAAGCACUUCCUCUUCAAGCUCAUCAUUAAGUCGUAUGACCAGUAGCCUUCAACGCUCACAUUCUGAGCCAGUCAGAAUUCCUGGAAGAAAGUCUGCUAUGAGGAUCAGCACUAGCAGUACUAGCAGCAGUACUAGCAGCAGCAGUAAGAUGAUCAGUAGGAGGACCAGCAGAAGGAUCAGCAAGACAAUCAUUAAGAGGGACAGCAGGAGGAUCAGCAGGAGAAUCAGCAGGAGGUCCAGUAGGGCCAACUCUCAAAUUCAGCCACUGAGUGAACAAAUCCUGGACCUUGCAUUCAGACCAUUGCAAAACAGCAGGUACACAGUCACAAGUCAGAGGUCACUACGUGUUUCAACUUCAAAAUCUACCUCAAGUGCAAGCCUUAUUAUCAAGGAAAGACGUAGCUCAGGGUCAAGGCAAAGUCGUGCCAGUUAUGGUGCGUCUCUCCUCGGAUCAUCUGCACAGCGCUAUCUGAUUAGCAAGCUGGGCGCUCCUUUGCUAGUGGUUCUGCUUCGAUCUAGAAGGACCGAUGGCCGACAACAAGGCUACCAGCUCACAGGAUACGGGAGAAUGUCAUCUCGCCUGCCUCGAGUUCACUUGCGUGUGGUGGAACUGAACGAAUCAAGUAACUGGAGAAUCUGCGCUGACGCAGCAAUGCCCAGCUCCCACAAAGUGCUGACAUCAGCAAGGUGGGGUGAAAACUGUGAGAGAUACAGAGUUUCCGUUAGAGUAUCCAAUGGUCGUCUUGCAAGUCAUCCAGCAGUUAAGGUCAAAAUGCAAUGGGGAAAGAUUCCUAACGGUCUGAAAUACAACGCAAGAGUGGUUGGCGACUAUGUCCCAGGAUUGGCCUAUGCAUUAGGAUUCUCUCAGACCCAUCAACACAAUCCUUCUCGUCAGAUUACAGUAUUGGCGGCUCUAACCUCUCCACGAACAGUUGAUACAAUCAUCAGACUGCCCCGGAUGACAGCCUACUAUCAGGGUUUGCAGAUUCCCACAGCACUGCCCAUGCAUGCGAUAAGUGUACGAGUGCAGCAAAAAGGCUUCAGCAGCGUGACUGAAAUUCAGGACCUGCUUCUAGCAAUAAAUGAACGUGAAUGUAUUGCAGAAAAUGAUACUGUUAGGACCUUUGAUGAGGUAGAAUUGAGAAGUUCUCUACCCAAUAGAUGCUAUCAUGUCCUGACCCAGGAUUGUUCAGAAACUCCAAACUUCAUAUUAUUGAUGAGACGAGCUAAAACUAACGAGCGACUGAAAGAAAUAAAAUUGGUGCUGGCUAGGAAUAACACGAGCAUUGAAGCAAUCCCUACGCUACGUGGAAUAAAGUUGUUGGUCAAUGAAAUAGAGAGAGAUCCAGCCAAGCCAAUUGAAGAACUGCAUAUCGUAGCUAUUCGGCAGAGGGAUACUGGAAUUAUUUUAGAGGCACCAUCAAUCAAUAUUAACCAAUUAUAUUUUGAUGGAAUCAGAGUACAGAUUGUACUUGAUCAGAUGAUAAAGAAGACAUGUGGUAUUUGUGGAUGUAAUGAUGGUGAGAAAAAAAUGAUAAUGCCAAAUCACGAAGAAGUUUCAAAUGCUGAGCGCCUUUUUGAAUCAUGGACGUAUCCAGGACAGUCCUGCAACGAUGACUGCACAGUUAGAUCAGAAUUUGUGCAAUUAGGAAAAGUCAUUGAAUUUGAAGGGGUGGAAUCCAACUGUUACUCCGUUGAACCAGUUCAACGAUGCCUGGAAGGCUGUUCACCGCUUGAAACACGCUCUCAGAUUGUCAAUUUCCACUGUGUUCCAGCCAAUUUUACUAUACGUGAUCCUGUGAUCUUCAGUCGGAAGACUGCAGAUAUUCGUAGCUCAAUGGAUUCCCCUAGUAACUGUAUGUGCAGCUGUCUUUAA